AGAUCGACCAUCUCCUUUCGAUCUGCGCUUGUGUAGCAAUAUAUCAGCCGCGAGGUUGACACAAGUGCAUUUGGCUACUGGCUAUGCUCAGUUUGACUUGAGCCGGUUCAUUCUUGAGUUUGUCCGCACUCGGCCUUUUUCCCUUUGUCAGCUUUCAUUUCGAACAAAUCGACCAAGGCGAGCUUCUCAGGCAAAUCCUCUAAUGAGGUCAAUCAUCUUCAAACACAGUGAAUCGACAAAUUGUACAGACACAGUAGGGACCCAUUUGGCUCAGGUGUAAAGCCCGAAUACCAUCGAUGACGUUCAGCCAUAUACAAACUGAAGCUCACUGGGCUUCUCAUUUUUGAAAGCACAACACUUCUCAAAAAAAUCACUCUCCAACUUCACAUCUUUCUGCAAAAUGUCGGAUCGAAUGUCGCCUGCCACCUAUUAUCAUUCGCUUCCCAGUGCUGAUGGAAGUAAUGGCCACCACCGAUUUUCUCGCAAUUCCAUCGCUAGCUCGUCAGCUCCUUCCAAUCCCGAUCAUCGUUAUCAUGACCUGAGUGACGUGAUCAGCGAGACAAGUAUAGAGGUGCCUCAAUUACAAGCUUUCCUUAACGCACACGGCUCUAUAGCUGCCAUCAAUGGCGCCUCGAUGGAGAUUCCGGGUUCUUCAGCUAUGCGACCUCGCACAUUCUCCUUCUCCACUGCCUCGCUCGCUGGGUCUUUGCACUCGACCUUUGUUCCACCUUCUUCAGAAGUCACCUCGCUGCUGGGUCCACCUGAAGCACGGGCCAUAGCUACUGCUGUUGACGAGAGUGAAGAACGGUUUGGACUCGAUGAAUUGUUACAAGAAAUGCGACUUCUCAGUACCUACGCUAUUCCAAUCGUAGGCACCCAUAUACUGGAAUACUCUCUGUUGAUCGUGAGCGUGCUCUCAGUCGGUCACCUCGGUACCACUGAACUUGCAGCUGCCAGUCUCGCCAACAUCACAGCGAAUUGUGCCGCGUUGAGUGUCAUCAUCGGCUUCGUUUCUGCGCUCGACUCGCUAUGUCCUUCUGCUUUCACCUCACCUCACCCCGAACGCACCUCACUCCACGCCCUCCGUACUUCCAUACUUCUCGUCAUCUUACUCGUACCCGAGCUUCUCAUAUUUUGGCACGCCAAACCGAUAUUUUUGUUCUUACGGCAAGAUCCCGAUGUGGCAGCGGCUGCAUCUUCCUACCUGCGCGUACUUUCUUUCGGCUUGCCUGGUUAUGCUAUUUUUGAAGUGACUCGGCGUUGGCUUCAGGCGCAACAAUUGAUGUUACCUCCUACACUUGUCGUCUUUAUUGUGGCACCGAUCAAUGCGAUAUUGAGUUAUCUGCUUGUUUGGGGUCCAGCGCCAUACGGAAUUGGAUUUCUUGGCGCUCCUGCGGCGACCGCUUUCUCAUUUAACCUCAUGGGCAUCCUUUGUUUAUGCUAUUGUAUAUUCUUUGCUCCGCGGACGGCUUGGGGUGGGUUUACACGAGCAGCUUUUCAAGAGCUUGGUCCAAAUUUCCGUUUUGGACUCGCUGGCUUUACGAUGAUCGCUAGUGAAUGGUGGUGUUGGGAAAUUGUCGGACUUUCUAGUUCUUUACUUGGUCCCAGCACGCUGGCUGCCCAAAGCAUCAUCACCACCAUUUCGACAUUUGUCUACCAGUUUCCCUACGCUACUUCGGCCGCGGCCGCUGUACGAUGUGGCAAUUUAUUGGGUGCAGGUAUGCCACGUCGAGCGAAAUUGGCCACUCUAUCCGCUCUUGCUUGUGGAUUUUGCGUGGGGGUCGUCAAUAUGAUCAUUAUGGUUAGCUUCCGUGAAGGGUUGGGAGAACUUUUCAGUUCGGCCCCAGAGGUGAUAUCUAUCGUUGCCGAUGUGUUACCACUCGUGGCCCUCUUCCAAGUACCCGAUUGUAUCGCUGCGGUAGCGGGUGGUGUCUUGCGAGGGUUAGGGAAACCCAACAUAGGAGCCAUGAUCAACUCGGGCGGUUACUAUGCCGUUGGACUUCCGAUCGGGCUUAUCCUCACCUUCUCAAGAAUCAACUUGGGCGUAUACGGCUUAUGGAUCGGUAUGACGAUUGCAGUAACUUGUACCGCAUCAACAUGUACAUUGUAUAUCUUAAGGACGGACUACGUUUAUGCAAUGACACGGGCUCGACAAAGAAUGUGGGAGGCUCUAGGUGCAAGUCAUGUUGAAGAGCAAGAACGGUGUGACUAUGGUACGCUUCAUUAAACCAACACCAAUUUUGCUACCAAUAGAAGCAGGUCUUCAGAUCCGCCCCUACUUCAUAACGUAUAUGUGGAUCUUUCUUGCUCUUGUUAUCUACAUUUUUGAAUACAUCAACUUGUUCAUAGUAUUUUACAUAAAGCUGCAUUGCUACAAUUAAUGAAUCAUAGACCUUACUGCCUGAACGUUUCAUGAC